CUUCUCCCCUCCUCCCUUACCGACCGCCAUAUUGUUUGCGAUAUUUCGUGCACGUCGUUCUUCGCAGUUUUCGCCAGUGUAAUUCGCAUCCGGCGUGCUCUCGUGGGUAGUGUUAUUAUACCAUCAACAAACAUUCCGCGCAAAGGCAAUAUGAAGAAGAUCAGGGACCAUUCGGACGACGACGAUUACGAGGUGGACGACCCGGACGAUCCGGAGGUCGAGGCCGCUUCCGAAGAGGAGUGGACUCCCGAAGGCGAACCCGAGAGUGGCGCUAAACCAAGACCACAAAGAGGAGCAGCAAAAAAACGGCAACACUCUGAAGAGGAGGAGGAAGAAGAAGAAGACGAAGAGGAGGAAGAGGAGGAGGAAGAAGAUGACGAAUCUGAUUCUGACACAGGGAGAAAACCAAAAAGAAAAAGGCGCUCUAAGAAAGAGGAAGAUGACAAAGAGGAUGAAGAUGAUGAAGAUUCCGACGAUAACAGUUGUAAUGAGACAGGAGAAGCUCCAAAAGACUAUACAUCUGGUUCAUUUGUUCUCGCAAAAGCUGAUCUUGGACCUAAUAAGAAUAAGACAUCUAAUAAGGGUAAAUCCGAUGUAGAAUCAAGCCCUUAUCCAACUUUAUGGAGGAUAGAUGGAAAAGCGCUACUCCAAAAAUUUUUACCCUUUGAAGAAGAUGGAAAAGUACUGUACAAAAGCACAACGACAUAUUCUGGAUGGCAAAUUAGUAACAAAGAUAAUUAUAUAGCAGUUCAGGUGACUUUCAAAGUGCAAAGUAGACAAGAAACAAUUGUUGAACUUCACUUUGAUCCGACGCAACAUCAAGAAGUUGUAAAAGAUGAUAAAGAAGACUAAAUUAGAUUGAGUAUGAUCUUAUUUGUUUAUAUACGUUUAAGAAAACACGCGACAAUGGAAGGAACAUCACAUCUACAUGUACACCAUCUACGAACCAUAUUUAAAGUUUACUCACACAUACACACACGGACGCAGAUCGACAUGGUACUGUAGCAAAUUUAUGUUCGAAACUUAAUAUCGGGUGGACCAUGGCUCUUUGAAUUUAUUACUGGGGGUAGCUUUAGCUAUAAUUCACGUCUCUGACAAAAAUAUGUGUGUGAGCUUAAGUUAUUAGAGCUACUCGCGUGCAUAUGUAUUUACAGAGUUCGGCAAAUAUCGAUUGAUUUACAAAUGUUUCACGUCUUGGACAGAAAUCAAUGUUACCUAAUGUAAUGGAUGCAUGUUGAUGUUCAUUUUUUUUUUUAAGACGCUAUCGUUAGUCUACUCAUAAUUUAAGCUUUAUUUUACAGAGCAUUGGCCUUGCGACCUAUGUGGCUAUUUUAAGCGCGCCCUUAGACAGAAAUAAAUGGAACCAACAUGUCAUCGCAAAUGAAUAGUAUUCGAUAUGAUAGCAAAAAUACAAAGAAACAGUAUGAACAGUCGAGAUCAGUUGACUGAAUAUGAAUAUGUAGUGAAAUGCAUCAUUUAUUCGUACAUAUCUUUCUUUGAUCAGCUCCAAGAUUAAAGUCAAGAACAACGCCAACAUUCAGAGCGGUAUGAAGAGAAUAAUGAAUUCUGCAGGCAAUAUUUACUAUGGUUCCCCUAACUGCUACGGGCGACGCUGAGUCAGUUCUUGUGCGUACACUUAAUCGUAAGAUGUAACAAAAUCUAGAAAACACUUCCAGUAAUAAUCUGCAUUUAGAUCUUUUAUCGAAUUUGUUAAGAAUAAGUUAGGCUAGGGAAAGAGGAAAAAUCGGUAAGUUACGCCGUUAUCGAUGAUCAAUUUAUCUUAUUAUAUUUAUCGUUACAAGUAAUCCCGCAUUAUUUUGUCAAUUAACAUACUAUUUUUUAAAAAUUGACAUGCUUUUAUGUAUGAUUAUAUUAUAUAUAACUCAAAAGACAUUUAUACAAAUAUAUAUAAUAUAUUUAAGAUCCACUUCAGGUGUGUUCUUUGACCAAUUUUUCCUUUUUUCUUAGCAUAAUUUAUUCUUUAUAAGCGGGGAAAGGGUAAAAACAAAUUACUAUUUGUUUCUAUGAAGUGUUACGCAACGUGCGUUUAGCUGAUAAAUCCAAUAAGUACGAAUCAUGGAUAAUACACAUGAAAAAAUUGGACAUCCAAUUGUGGUAAAUAUUUAUUGAGUUCUCCCACAGUUGUACAAUUGUACCUUACUUCUAGAGUGCUCCUAUUCUGUUUGUAUAACUACUUUCUCUCUCUGUACUACUAUAGAUAAUAUGUAUCUUAUUUGGACUUCAUCACUUAAUAAUUGUGCAAGAAACGAGAAAAAUAUCAUAAGUACAGAAUAUAUUAUCGACUUAUUAUGUAAAAAGUGGAUGUUUACUGUGUAAAAAGUUCAUUAUGUAAAAGUUAAAUAACGUUCCAAAGUUUAUGAUUUGUACUGAAUCGUUUUGAUUAUAAUCUUGUAAUCUCUGUGCUAAUUACAAUUUGAUUAUAUAUUGCGAUUAAAUAAAAAAAUGCAAUUUCCUUUAUUGAGUGACGAUGUGAGUGUUAUGACUUAAGAAAAAUUGAGUAAAAACGCACUUAGUAAUAUCAAAUAAACUUCCAAUUGAUGUUAGCAUUUUAUGCAUUAAGUAAAAAGUGGACAAACAUAUACAUUUAAUAACACAAUAUAUAAAUAUAUAUUAA